AUGGUGACCGGCGGGGGCCUUCCGGAAAUGGCACUUCCGGGGCGGGUCGCGGAAGCCCACUUCCGGGCUGUCCCGGCGCCAGCCGUUGCCUCGACGACGCGGAGGCCAGCGCUGCGCGGCGGGUGGGGCGGCGGGCUCAUGGCGCUCCCGCUCCGGGCGCUGGCCGUGCUAGCGGCGCUGGCGGCGCUAUCUCGGCCCGGCUCCGGAGAUACGGGCGACGGGGGGUGGCCGGGGGCGCUGGCGGCCUUGGCGGAGGAGGACCGCUGCACCAUAGAGCGCCGAAGCGACCUCAGCUACGCCGAGUUCGUGCAGCAUUACGCCUUCCUGAGGCCUGUCAUUUUGCCGGGGCUCACGGACAACUGGAAGUUCCGGGCCCUGUGUUCCCGCGAAAGGCUGCUGGCCUCGUUUGGGGACAGCGUGGUCCGACUGAGCACUGCCAACACCUACUCCUACCAGAAAGUGGAUCUGCCCUUCCAGGAAUAUGUGGAGCAGCUGCUGCAUCCUCAGGAUCCCUCCUCCCUGGGCAAUGAUACCCUGUACUUCUUCGGGGACAACAACUUCACUGAAUGGGCAUCACUUUUUCGGCACUACUCCCCACCUCCAUUUGGUCUACUAGGUACUGCUCCUGCUUACAGCUUUGGAAUUGCAGGAGCCGGCUCUGGGGUGCCCUUCCACUGGCAUGGACCAGGUUACUCGGAGGUGAUCUAUGGCCGUAAGCGUUGGUUUCUCUACCCACCUGAGAAGACACCACAGUUCCACCCCAACAAGACCACGCUGGCCUGGCUCCAGGACACGUACCCAGCCCUGGCGCCAUCUGCACGGCCCUUGGAGUGUACAAUCCGGCCUGGUGAGGUGCUGUAUUUUCCUGACCGCUGGUGGCACGCAACGCUCAACCUCGACACCAGUGUCUUCAUCUCUACCUUUCUCGGCUAGCCAGAGCAAGCGGCUGGCAAGCCUGUCACAUACCAGCACAUGUCCAUGUAGCACUCACAGACUUUAUUAUAGGGACAGUGGUGGCAGCAGCAGCUUCAGUCCAACCCACCCUCACCUGCUUUUCCAGCUCAGGGGGAACAGGGGAGGCCCGUAGCCCAGCAAGGGCUAUGCUGAGAUGGGGAGCAGUCCACAGCCCAAUAGCAGAACUGAAGGGGUGGGGCCCAGGGACAGACUAU